UAUAAGCUAACUCAAAGGUUGGACCUCUAAACAUUUCAGGGCUCGUUUUCAAAUUGCUGACUCCAGUGCAUAAUUCUGUUUUGAGCUUUACUUUUGAAGGCUCGGUCCCUUUAUCGACUCAAAUGUCUCUUCCGGUUUAGCAAUCCAGUCAACUGAACCAGACCGGAGAUUAAUCCAUGAGUUCACACACACCGUCGGUAACCAAUCAAAAUACUUUGUUUUAAAUUUAAAAGUGGGAUAUUUUAAAGAUAUCACCGGAACUUGUUUAACAUGUAAAAGUCAGCAAAAGUAAAACGCGUACACUACCAUUUAAUUGCCUGACUUGCGUUAGCCUAUAUAUAUGAUCACAAGUUUUCAAUUUAAGCUCAAACGUAAAUACAACACUCUAUGGAUAAGACAACGACACUGCUCUUGCUCUUGUUCGCUCUCCUCCUCACGACAUCUUUAUCCAAAGACCUCUGUCACAAAGAUGACCUCUCCGGUUCGAUACCCGGUUCACUCUCUUUAUUACCUAAACUCGAGAUUCUUGACCUCAGCAGGAACAAGCUUACAGGUUCGAUACCAGAGUCAUUUGGAUCCUUUAAAGGAGUGAUGUAUGCUCUUUUCCUAUCUCACAACCAGCUGUCCGGUUCUAUUCCGAAAUCAUUAGAAAACCUGGACAUUAACCAGAUUGAUCUUUCCCGGAACAAGCUUGAAGGUGACGCGUCGAUGUUGUUUGGAGCCCAAAAGACUACACAUAACAUUGACCUAUCAAGAAACAUGUUCCAGUUCAAUAUCUCCAUGGUUAAAGUCUCUAAAACAGUUAAUUUCUUGCACUUGAAUCACAACGGGCUCACAGGGACUAUCCCGAUUCAAUGGACCCAACUUGAUCUUCAGAUUUUCAAUGUUAGCUAUAACAGACUGUGUGGACGCAUCCCCCAGGGAGGGGAACUUCAGAGAUUUGAUGCUUAUGCCUAUUUACACAACAAGUGUUUGUGUGGUGCACCUCUUCAGAGUUGCAAGUGAGGUUACCGAGUAAACUUACCACAAGUAUCAAUCAAGUCUAAGGACAACUGUAUUUUCCAUUGGCAGUGAAUAAUAAAACACAUGAAGCACAUUUGAUGAA